UAUUAUGUCAAGUUCCGGGCCUUCACUGCGGAGAACAUGUACACUGACACGGCUUACUCUUCUCCCAUAUCUACAUUGGGUAACUACGUCGGCAUCAUAGCAGGCGCAGUUGUCGGCAGCCUGCUUGUCAUCCUGCUGCUAGUGCUCGUCGUCGUACAGCGGCGGCGCCUACAGUGCUGCCGCAAGACCAGCGCGAACGACAAAAAUGCAUCCGGUUCAUUCGUGACGCACGUGGCGUCGCAGGGAAUGGCGAAUUCGCCGCUAUACGCGUGCAGUCGAUCGGUGAAGCUGUCGGAGUUUGUGCAGCACGUCAAGAUAAUGGGAGCCGAUUCAGACUUCCGCUUCUCUGAGGAGUACGAAGCGUUGAAGAUGGUCGGCCGGGAGCAGCCGUCGACGGCCGCUGACCUUCCCGUGAACCGCGGCAAGAACAGGUUCACCAACAUUCUUCCAUAUGAUCAUUCGCGCGUGAAACUAAUACCGGUCGAUGAUGAGGAUGGAUCCGACUACAUCAAUGCCAACUACAUGCCGGGAUUCAAUUCUCCUAGAGAGUACAUUGUGACUCAAGGCCCGCUGCCGAGCACACGGGACGACUUCUGGCGAAUGGUGUGGGAGCAGAACACUCGUUCUAUUGUCAUGCUCACGAGAUGCAUCGAAAAGGGCAGAGAGAAAUGUGACCACUACUGGCCUAUAGACAGCGAGCAAACGUACUAUGGCGAAAUCCAAGUGGCAGUGCUAAAUGAGUCUAAAUAUCCGUAUUGGACUAUUUCGGAAUUCAAAGUAACGCUGGAUAUGGAAUCUAGAGUCGUCCGGCACUUUCAUUUCACCGCCUGGCCGGAUUUCGGUGUACCUGAACAUACUCAAACUCUAAUCAAGUUUGUUAGAGCCAUGAGGGACAGAGCUCAGUACAGUCCACACCCAAUUAUAGCUCACUGCAGCGCGGGAGUUGGACGAUCGGGAACAUUUAUAGUUAUAGACAGAUUAAUACAGCUUAUCAAGCAGUCGGAUACAGUCGAUAUAUUUGGAAACGUCUACGAGAUGCGAAAGGAAAGAGUAUGGAUGGUACAGACUGAGCAACAGUACAUUUGUAUACACAAUAGCCUCAGGACAGUGCUGGAGGGCCGGGAAGAUGAUAUGCCAACCCAUGAAUAUGACGACUUGGGGCUUGAUAAUAAGGCCUACGACGAUGACGAAGGCAUUGUGGAGUCUGGCAUGUAACAAAAUCAAACUGCGGAUGAUAUCUGAAGAGUAACGCCAAAAAAGAGCACAAGAUCCACCAAUCGGCACGGCACGAUGACGACCUUCUAUCUACGUUCUCCCGUGACGCUCAUCUCACAAAAUGUAUGACGUAGGUAAUGAUGCAGAUCACGUGUGGUGUCACGUGCAUUACUAACCCUUACCGCAGCAUCACAAGUAUUGUUAAUUUAGUUGGUGACACCAAGGAUAGUGCUGAUUAAUGCGCUGUCACAUGAAAAGAGUUGGUAAUCGGCGUUUCGUAUCACGUUUGUUGUGAAAACCCAAUCAUGAAGUGCUGUAGUGCUUUUCACUCUGACCUGUUCCACAAACAUUCGUGGCUUUUGUCGAGUUAGGUACGGCACUAAGCAAAAUCUGGAUUGCUUACUGAAGUGAUACGUUCUGUCACCUGGUGUGAACAAGAGUAAUUAUAUGCUGCUUGAGAAAAGAAUCUCACAAGACUAUUAUGCAAAGUUGAUCAAGCCCCUGUGGAAAGGUCUCUAGCAAUACGUAUUUCUCAUCUACCAUUUUUCAUCAUGACAUUGUGUUAUCCAGACACAAAACUGCAUUCAGGCUCUUUACAUAUUGCAUCGAAAUACAUUACUCACUAUGAAAUUAUAUAGUGAAAUUGUCGCGAUUAAAAACAAAUAAUCGAACAUGUCUUUCUGAAACACCGAUGAUUCAUUGAUCAAUCAGAAGGAACAACCAUUGUGACAAAGACGCAUACUCUCAAUAUGUCUUUUCAGCUAACAGCUGAAAUGUCUGAUGGGUUGUGAAUAUACAAAAGCGUCUAAAAAGUUUAAAAAAAUCAUUUAUAUAUUAUAACAUUCUAUUAUUUAAUCCAAUUAACUCAUUAUGCAUCUCAUUAGGAUUAUAUGACAUUUACGUGAAUAUUUCUGCUGUUUGCUCUGCUAUACAGUGCGAACAUCUAGCUAUUCAGGCGAGCCCAUAUACUUAUACUACACAGGCUCCCCCCUUAUAUUAUGCCUAUGUAUAUUUCGAAGCCUUUGGCAUUGUAAAGAAUUGUUACGGGGGAAAUUUCUGAUAUUAACUGUACUAUAUUUUUCUGUAUAUGAGGAAAUGUAGUGCCUUUUAUUUGUACCCAUGAUGGCAGGACCGCCAUUAGCCUUAUUAGAGUCUUAUAUCAAAUAGCAUGCAUGUGUUGAAAUAAGGUUGUGUGCUACAUGUAUUGGCUUGUUGUGUAAGAACACCUGAACCCAAUAAUGUGUUUAUACUUCUAUAUGUUUUAUAUGUUUUCCUCUAUAUAUGUCUCACCUCUUCCAUAUGUUCUAUUUUAUUGAAUUUGUUUAUUGAUUUACAUCUACGUACGUGCUCUAUUUUAACUGCCACUCUGUGCUUCUUGGUGGCAGUAAUGUUUUUAAUGUCGUAUGAGAUGUAAAAGACUCCAUACUCAUUUUCUCAACUCAUUUUCUCAAGUUAUUACGUGGUAAGAAAGAUGUUUCAUCAAGGAAUGGAAUCUUAACCGUGUGCAUAUUAUAAAUAUAUAUAUAUUAUAUAUUAUAUAUAUAUAUAUAUAUAAUAUCGCAAGCACGGAUUAUAAAUGUUCUGUUGGAAUGGAGGAAAAUCUGCUCUGUCUGCAAGAUUAUGCCACAUAUGCUUAGAAUUCACUUGUUUAAAGCACCAUAUUUUUUUCCAACACAGUAAUCUCCUAAUAAUGUAAUUUGGUUACCCAACUGGUGGUCUCACAACCGUUCUAUUUGUUGCAGAUUUCACUAUAUAUAUAUGUAUAUAUGUUAUAUAAAUUAGUAUGGAAAAUAU